GAGAGAAAUCUUGUUUUCUUGUGCGUAAAUGACAUAGUCCACACAAAGGAGGACCAAGAAGGGGGAACUUGAGUUUACAAAACAUCCUGCCCACCAUUUGCAUUUAAUCCUCACACCACGCCCUAUGUUUGCCCUGGCUGCCACAACAGAGUGCCACAGACUGGGGGGCUUAAACAACAGAGAUUCAUUUUCUCACGAUUCUGGAGAUUGGAAGCCCAAGGUUGAGCUGUCAGCAGAUUCACCGCGCCAGCGGAGGCAUAACCGUUUAAUCGCUGACACUAAGUCUCCAGUAAAACCCGAUGAAACCUGGUCCUGCAGAGGCCAAGUACACAUCUGGGUGUGGCACAAAGAAAACAGAAGAAAAGGACAUAGUCCGACCCAGCCCCCUGAGCUGGAGGGAUGGAGAACUCCUCAGCGGCGUCGGCCUCCUCCGAGGCUGGGAGCAGCCGCUCCCAGGAGAUUGAGGAGCUAGAGCGAUUUAUCGACAGCUAUGUGCUUGAAUACCAGGUGCAGGGGCUGCUGGCGGACAAGACAGAGGGCGAUGGCGAUGGCGAGAGCGAGAAGACACAGUCCCACAUCUCCCAGGAGGAAGCCCUCAAUGGUGGACCACCCAUGAAAGGAUUAACAGAAGAAUGGACGACGGACUGCAGCGAGCAGCUGGACAGCAGCUGUUCCUUCUCCCGAGGGCGAGCACCCCCACAGCAGAACGGCAGCAAAGAUAACUCUCUGGACAUGCUGGGCACAGACAUCUGGGCUGCCAACACCUUUGAUUCCUUCAGUGGUGCCACCUGGGACCUGCAGCCUGAAAAGCUUGACUUCACCCAGUUCCACCGGAAGCUGCGACACACGCCCAAGCAGCCCCUGCCACACAUCGACCGUGAAGGGUGUGGAAAGGGGAAGCUGGAAGAUGGGGAUGGGAUCAACUUGAAUGACAUCGAGAAGGUUCUCCCAGCCUGGCAGGGUUACCAUCCGAUGCCCCAUGAAGUGGAGAUCGCGCACACAAAGAAGUUGUUCCGGAGGAGGAGAAAUGACCGAAGACGGCAGCAGAGACCUCCAGGAGGGAACAAGCCCCAACAGCACAGUGACCACCAGCCGGGCAGUGCCAAACACAACAGGGACCACCAGAAAUCCUACCAGGGGGGCUCAGCACCCCACCCCUCGGGGAGGCCCACCCAUCACGGCUACAGCCAGAACCGGCGCUGGCACCACAGCAACAUGAAGCACCCACCUGGUGACAAGGGGGAGGCAGGCACCCACCGCAAUGCCAAAGAGACCGUGACCAUGGAGAGCCCUAAACUCGAGAACGCCCUGGGGGACGCCGGGCACAGCGUCCUCGAGUCCCCCCGCAGCCCGGACGGCCCGGCCCCAGUGGCUUCCGAGCGGCCGCCCACACAGCAGCCAGGGGUCCCAGAGGCCGAGACAAAGCGUAAAGACAGUAGUACCCCCGAACGCAUGGGGGAGCGGCCCAAAAUUACCCUGCUCCAGUCUUCCAAAGACAGGCUACGGCGGAGGCUGAAAGAAAAGGUACCGGAUGAAGUGGCAGUGGAGACCACCAGCCCUCAGCAGAACAAGAUGGACAAGUUGAUCGAGAUCCUGAACAGCAUGCGGAACAACAGCAGCGACGUGGACGCCAAGCUCACCACCUUCAUGGAGGAGGCCCAGAACUCCACCAACUCCGAGGAGAUGCUGGGCGAGAUUGUCCGCACCAUCUACCAGAAGGCCGUGUCCGACCGCAGCUUCGCCUUCACCGCCGCCAAGCUUUGCGACAAGAUGGCGCUCUUCAUGGUUGAGGGGACCAAGUUCCGGAGCCUGCUCCUCAACAUGCUUCAGAAGGACUUCACGGUGCGGGAGGAGCUGCAGCAGCAGGACGUGGAGCGCUGGCUGGGCUUCAUCACCUUCCUGUGCGAGGUGUUCGGCACCAUGCGCAGCAGCACAGGCGAGCCCUUCCGUGUGCUCGUCUGCCCCAUCUACACCUGCCUCAGGGAGCUCUUACAGUCUCAGGAUGUGAAGGAAGACGCCGUCUUGUGCUGCUCGAUGGAGCUGCAGAGCACAGGCCGGCUGCUGGAGGAGCAGCUGCCCGAGAUGAUGACAGAGCUCCUGGCCAGUGCCCGAGACAAGAUGCUGUGCCCCUCGGAAUCGAUGCUGACCCGGUCACUGCUCCUGGAGGUCAUCGAGCUCCAUGCCAAUAGCUGGAACCCUCUGACGCCCCCCAUCACACAGUACUACAACAGAACCAUCCAGAAACUGACAGCCUGACAGCCAAGGGGCCUGGCAGGCGGCCUGAGGGCAGCUGGGGCCCUGGCACACAGGGCCAGAUGGACAGGCGGGAGGACAGGGGUGGCCCUGGCAGGAGACAGAAAUGGGGAGGAAGGCAGGCAGAGCCGGCGGCCAGUCUGGAGCCAAGCGGGGAAGGGAUCAAAUCCCUAGGAGCGCCCCCCCCAAACUGAGGCCCCCCCUAACCGAGCUCCCCCAGCCCCAGCAUGCGGCAGCUUCACCAGUAAGGGAAGCAUGUUUCUUUUUCAUGGUGGCCUGGCCCUCGCCCCUCCUCACUCCCGCUCCUCCUGCCCCCUCCCAUCAGACGUGUCCCCUGCAGGGCUUUGUACAAGGGGUUUCAUCUCUGUGACUCCUCCCCCGAGGCCGGGCAGCCCGGCACGCCAGGGUACCGCUUGGGUCAGAAAGGACCUCAGAAGGCUGAAAAAGUGGGUCGAAGACGGGCUUGCAUUGUUCCCUCAUGCUGUCAGCCAUAGUCGCCAACUGGCAGCAGGCGACAUGUAGCAGAUGUCCGGGAGGACAAAGGCAGGCACGGUCCCCACCAGCCGCCCAUAAUUGAAGGCCUUUGUCUACUCGGCGGAGCUGGGGGACAGAGGCCUUCGUUCUCCUCAAGCCUUCACGCUCCGCCCCCCACCCCACCCCCAGCUUCCAAGUCCUUCUCCGGGACCCCCCGAGCCUCAGGCCCAGGGGCCGGGAGCAGGCAGGGGAGCUAGAGUUUGCAGUUCUACUUGCACUCUUUUGUUUUAUUGUGUUUUAUUUUUCAAAAGUCAGCUGCUUUGAAGUCUCCUCUCUCAAUGAAAAGAGCCUGUGAUGCGAUCACACAGACAGCGAGGAGGACCCCCUGAUUAGUGGGAGAUCAAACCCGGCCCCCUCUGGAAGGAUUCUAGCCAGAUACAGCGUGCCAGUAGCCAAUUAGGGUAAUUGGAAACUUCUGCCCCGGCGGGGGUCCCGGCUGGAACCUGUGCUCCCAGCCCCCGGCUUCCAGCACCUCCCUUCUCUUAUGCUGACUCCGCUCUCUCAAAGGGCUGCUAGGUUGCCGCUGGGAGUGCAUUACCUGUCCCAGCCCAGGGCCUUGUGGUGAGCUAGGCACAGAACAGCCUGGCAAAUUAAAACCAAAACACCAGGGGAUGUUUCUCGCUCCACACACAGGUCGUGUCCCAAGCUCUGAGGGUGGGGACGGGGGUCGUCUGGCUCCCUAGGACGUGGAGUUUAGCUCAUUGGGUUGUGUCACUGGCCUAGCCUCAUCACAGGCAGGAUCCAGGAGCCCAGCCCUUCCACAGCGAUCUGUGUGCUCCAGGGGUGCACAGUAUCCCCAGGGCUGUUGGGAACAGGAUCGUUCACGGAGUCAUGAGCAGGACAGGCAGGGGACCAGGCAGGGCUGCCAGACGGAGCUUUCCAAACUGGGAACAAGGCUGGAGCUUCUUGGAGGUGCCAGGUCCUGGGAAGAAGCCCCUUCUCUGUUGGAGGAGGGUCGGGGUCGGGCUCUGGGAUGUUGUCACUGGCAUCUGCACAGCCCCAUCUCCGGGUUCUGGAGCUCUCACUUUGAUGAGCCCCCAGAAAAUGACCUUAGCCCAGCAGCUUCUUAAUUUACUCCUUUACCAAGACCAUUGACGCCGUGGGUCACCAGAGGCUGCCUGGCUGCGCAGUCCAGUCAGACUGGCCAGGAGGUGAGGGCUGGAGGGGGUUUCCCCUUUUUCCCCUUGUUGACCUCGAGUCUGGAAGAGCAGGCAGGGUAGGGUGGGGAGCAGGUUCCCCAGGACCCCUGGCUUUUUCACCAGCUACAACCUCCCUUCCAGUCCCAAGAUGGGAGCCUGUGCCAGUCCCCAAAAAAAGAGGCUGUGGGAGGCCCAGGUUUACUUAAGACAGGUCAGUUCUCUGCCAAGAAGCCCGUGCUACCCUGGCCCCAGGCUUUACCUUCUCCCUUCUUCCCAAGCUUUCUCAAGCUUCUCCUCGGCGCCUUUCGUCCUCAGCUGACACCCUCUACCAGGGACUCCAGAGGCCGCGCAGGAGGCCUUGAGGGAAGAGCCAGACUGAUGUGAGGAGGUUCAGAGAGGGCACUUGGGGAAUCGUGGUCUCGAGGAGUCAGGUGGCCGCGGCCCGGCGAGCAGCCACACGGCUGGUCCUCAGUCCUCAGCAAGGCGCACCCGUGCCGAAUGGCCUUGCUCCCCUCAAGUGGGGUGUGUGUGCGUGUGCGUGUGCGUGUGCGUGUGUGAGUGCAUGUGAGAACAAAGCUGGGCCCCGAGGAAGGGAGAGGCCUAGGAGCGGCAACGUAAGGAGGCAGGAGAGUGGGGUCCUCCCCCACCCCCGGGUCAGAGAGCGAGCUUCGUGCAGGGACCCCAGACACUGUGUGUACAGGGACCGACGUUCCCUAGAACGCCGAGACAGGUAGCAUCGUGGGCACCAAGGGCCUCGUGCCCCUGCCUCUCAGCGGCCCUUACUGGGGUCUUGCCUCUGGGCCAAUCCCUCCUUGACUGUUAGGACCAGAGUGUGAAAAAGUGAGAUAUAAAUAUGUAUACAUAUAUAAAUAUAUUUUUAAUUACGUGUCGUGUCACGGUGGCUCCAAACAUAUGGUUUGCCUAGUUUAUUCCAUUGCUUGAAAGUACUUCCUGACCAAUCCAAAAAACAAUUUAAGCUGUUUUUCUAAAUGCAGGUUGCUGCAAGGAAAACGUUUAAAAAAGAAUUGGGUUUGUUGUUUUUGUUUUUUUGUUUUUUUUUUUUUAAGGAAAUAACGGUAAAGCCUAAAAUCUGACACUCUGAGGCAGCUUCCCACUGGAGACGACUCAGACAGGAAGUGGGGGGCAGAAGUGGGCUAUCCCACAGACCCGUCCCCCUGCCCUCUGCCGAGUGAGGAAGGCCAUAUCCGAGUUGACCUCUGAAUGUAUUUGAUGGGAGGCAAAACUGGAUAUUGCAUUUCUAAGGCUUGCGUUGUGUUCCCCACGGGCCCGUGGCUUUCCCAGCACAACAAGGAGGCAAAGUCCGGCCGUCCGACGUUAGUCCCGUCUCCAUCUCUCCCGUGCCAGCCAAGACGAGGUAGUCACUGUUUUCCUCUUAGGUGGCCAGUCUGCUCGCCACAGCCCUGCUCCCUCGGCCUCGUGGCUCUGCCUAAGAUCUGGGCCCGCAGCCCCGAGAAGGCUCCUACCCUCCCCUGGACGAGGUGGGAGUCCCACCAUCCGCCAUGAGGAGUGUGCACCUCCAAACCCAGUUUCGUCUGUUCGUCCUUCCUUAACCAGUCUGUAAACCUUCACGGUUUGGGGAUUGUCCUGUUCAUCCAUGUAAAUGUAAAUGUUGACCGAGUCGGUAUUUAUUCUAAUUUUUAUUUUAUUUUCUCGAGGGGAUGGGGAGGGAGUGUGGGAAAUGUACCACUGAUCACGCCCAGGGCCGCUGCAGGAGCGGGGGCCCAGACAGCCAGGCCUCCAUGAGGAGCAGCCCCCUGGGGCCGCCCCAGACACCAGACCCAGUCUUAUCUGGCAUCAGAACCAGCCAGUGUUCCUCAUAUGACAGACUCUCGGGCCCUGCCCAUGGAGUCCUGGCCCUCAGCUCCUGGGCACUCUUUUGGGAAACCUCUGGCUGGGCCUGUGAGGAUACAGAUCCAAGAGAGGACGACUUUCCUCUGCUGGGAACACUUGCACAGGAGGGCUGCCUGCCUCUCCUGAGACGGCUGGGAGCCUGACGGGACCUACCUCCCAGGAGCAGGGGCCUGGGGCUUCCCGCCAAAGCUGCCGCGGAAUCCUGCUCACGCGACCACCUUCCCUCCCUUGGUAUGUCCUGCUUUCCAGCUGAACCUUAACUACAAGUGGGUUUAAAAAAUAAAUAACACCAAAAAAAAAAA